AUGGGAAAUAGUACAAGUUGUUUGGAUAAAUUGCGGAAAGUUGAGCCUAUUGAAAAAAAUGAAAAUCUAACUCCAGACUCAAAGGACGAAUCUGAAGCUUCUGUCUUGAAUGAAAAUCGUACUUGCACGGAUAUUUUAUUCUUAGCUCUCUUUAUUGCAUUCUUAAUUGUUCUGAUUGGUCUUCUUGGUUUCUGUAUGUCAAAAGGAGAUAUCGAUCGAAUUAUCUAUGGAUACGAUAAUUGUGGCAACAUUUGUGGCAAGGAAAAUGUCAUGGAUGAUAAAUUUAGAUGCAAAGGAGCAAAUUUAACAUCACAAAAAUAUUUAUAUAUCGAACAUUCAGACCAUUCGGACAUGUCUCAUGAAACAAGUAGCAUUAACAGAUUAUGCGUAUCAUCAUGUGAAGAAUACGAUAUGAAACCUCUACUAAAUAGAUGUGUGUCAAAGACAAGAAGUGAAUACCCGAAGAAAUUCCUCUCCAAGAGUGGAAUUAAAAAUUUCUUUCAAGAAGUUUCAGAAGAUUUCCAUAUUUGUUGGGUGGAAAUUUUGUGUCUCUUCGUUAUGGCUUUUGUACUCUCCUUCAUCAUUGUAUUCCUUCUGCAGUAUUUAGUUCGAAUUCUUGUGUGGUUGGUUUUAAUUGGAGUCGUCCUAGCGAGUGUUAUUGGAACAAUUUGGCUAUGGGUAAAAUACGAUUUAGUAAGAAGGAAUACACCUGAAGAUUCCGAAGUUGGAAUUCAGAGGAAGAACUCCUGGUUGGCAUAUUCAAUUAUUGCCACAAUUGCCACCAUUUGCAUUGUUCUCGUGAUCUUCGCCAUGAGGAAGAGGGUAAAAUUGGUCAUUCAACUAUUUAGAGAAGCUGGAAAGGCCAUUGAGAGCAUCCCACUUCUUCUCUUUGAACCAUUUUUAACAUUUCUCUCAAUUGCCAUUUGUGUUACCCUUUGGAUUUACUUUGCCAUGUGGAUUGAGAGUUCGGGCGACAUUGAAGUCAAAGUGGCAAAUCAGAGUGUUCAAUUAGCAAAAGAUUCAACAAUGCGCGUUGCAAAAUGGUACAAUCUGUUGGCUCUCUUUUGGAUGUCACAAUUUAUCAUGGGAUGUCAGCAUUGUGUAAUAGCUGGAGCAGUUGCAGCGUGGUUCUUUACACGAGAUCGAGAUCAACUAAAUUGUCCAAUCUUAAAGAGUUUUCAACGACUAAUUUGCUACCAUUUGGGGACAGUUGCUUGUGGCUCUCUGAUUAUAUCUCUCGUGCAAAUUAUUCGCGUAAUCCUCAAAGCCGUUGAGUAUUGGCUGAGGGAUCCGCAAAAUAAAGUUUUAGUCUUCAUUGCAACAUGCUGCCACUGCUGUCUUGGUUGCUUUGAGGAUAUCUUGCAGUACUUAACGCGAAAUGCGUACAUUGAAACAGCAAUCUUUGGACAUCCAUUCUUCGAGGCAGGACGAAAGGCCUUUAAUAUACUCUCCAAUAAUGCCCUGAGGGUGUUUGUAAUAAAUUCCGUUGGGGAUUUCGUCCUAUUCCUUGGCAAAGCAUUUGUUGUUCUUUGCACGGUUUUAGUUGGAAUGGAGGUGAUUCAGCAAAAGCCAGGUAUUCAACAUAGCUGGGUUGUGCUUAUCCUUGUUGGUUUAUUCGCCUAUCUUGUCGCCCAUUGCUUUCUAACCGUCUACGAAAUGACCAUUGAUACCAUCUUCAUAUGUUUCUGUGAGGAUUGUGAACGCAAUGAUGGUAUGUCGAAGCCCUACUACAUGUCACGCGGUCUCAUGGAAUUUGUGCAAAAUUCCAAAAAAGCCAUUGAAAGUAAUACCUUCAAUGCAUGGUCAAGGAACCCAUAAAGCAAGGAAAAAUUAUUAAGUUUCUUGAAUAAUUUAUUUGUAUAUUUUUUUCUUAUUACAUUCUCACGAAAUCCUAUUACAUAAUUAAGGGUGGAUGUGAUUACAAAUUUAUUGUAUAAUUUUUUUCUUUUUUUUUCAUUCGAUAAAAAGGGUGAAAUGUUAAAACUUACAUUUAUAGCAAAAGAAUUAUAUAUAUAAUAUAUUAAAUUGUAAAUCUUUGUUUAGAAAACAAGACCAGCUUGUUAAAAAAAAAUAAUAAAUAUUUUAUUUUAAAUUUAUACAAUAUAAAUAAACAUUUCUUUUGGUUUUCAUCUUUUCCCAAUUUUUUUUGUUAUUUUAAUUUCAUUUUUUCAUCAUUCUUUAUGCAAUGAAAGAGCCAAUGCUACCUGCAUUAUGUGCAAAAGUAUAUGUACUUUAUAAGCAACGUAUAUUACACAUUAAAGAGUUUAUUUAUUUAUCUUUUUGGGAGAGUGGAACAUCUUUUAGCGCAUGAAAGGAAAUGAUUCCACAUUUUUUUUACCUUUUAAAAAAUAAAUCAUUAAUUGCCAUAGAAAUGAUUUAAAAAUAACAUGCGCAUUUAUUAAAAAUUAAAGAGUAUUAUAUAGCUUUAAAUUAAAAAUUUUCCUACUUUAUGCGAUAAUAAUAAAUGUUUUGCAUGUAUGGAGGAGUUUGAUUUCACAGAUGAUUUUUUUUUAUAGAUUUUGCAACAUUUAGUGGAGAUUUUGACGAAAAAAAAAUCUCCACAAUUUGUGGGAACAGCAAGAAUACAAAGUAGGUAUUCUCAAUGAAAACAUUCAAGAUUACUUUUCUAUUUUUUUUACAGAUUUUUUUUAUAUAGAAUGUUAAAAGAGAAUUUUGCAAAAUUCUUUGCAUUUCACUGAUAGAUACCUUUUUUUUAAUUUAUAGAUUUUUAUGGGAAGUAAAGUAUUAAAUUCAACUAUUGCACAUAUUCAUUUCUUAACUCUAAACAUGAUUAAAUCAUGAUAAUUAAAAUCAUUACGAAAAGACAAUGAAAGUGUUUAAAUAUUGAAGCAAAAAGUUAAGAUUAGAACACAAAAUUUUAAAUAAUACAUUUCACUUGGAAUAGCCAGGCCAAAAGAAAUUCUUUUGUUUGUUUUUAAGUAAGUAAUAUGAUGGAUCUUAUAUAAUUUUUAUAUUACUUAAAUUUAUUUAUUAACAAUUUUGUAAACAUAAUUUUCCUUUAACUAUAAUGUAAAUUUAUAUUAAUUUCACUAAAAAGGCUUUUCCUUUUAAUGCCUCUUGAACAUAAUUUCAAUACAAAGAACAUUGCAAUAUUCUGUGCACGGCACAUACAAAACAAAUAAUUAUUUACAUCAUCAUAUAGGAGAGUUUAGGGCCAAGUAGCUUAAUUUUAUUUUUAUUGAAAUUCUACAAAAAAAUUAAAAUAUUAAUGCCAAUAUUUGCCAGGACCUGCCUGGACAUAAAAUUUGUGCUGAACAUCUUUUUUAUUUUAAUUUUGAAAAAAUAGAACAUAUACUUUUCAGUACAAGGAAGGCGCUAAAUUGAAGAAAUAUUGUUUUGCAAUAGAGGAGACUAGAGUAAAGUAAGACAUGAAAUAAUUUAGGAUGAGUUUAUCGGAAAUUCUAAGUCUUACACUUGGCUCUAAUACUCCAAAUUAUUUUUUUUUCUCAUUCUUUAAUACUACUUUCUUAUACUCUGUUCAAGUUACUCUUACAUCAAAGCUCUACCCCGUAAACGAGUGAUGACCAAUGAAAACGGCUCUUCGCAAAAUUUAUUAGCCAAUCAGAGCUCUUCUUAAGACGGGUAAAUUCUCCUUCAACAGGUUGGGCUUCGGUGCAAGAUUAAUUUGAAUUCAGUACAGACACAUAAAUAUAAUUUUUUAUAUUAGGUACCCAUUUAUUUAGUUUUUAAGCUUUGAUGACUAAUUUUACUAUCGCAUCCUAUAUAUUUUAUUGUUAUAAUAUUACACUUUUUUUUUUAUGUCAAUGCGUUGAAUUAGUCAAAAAGUUUGCGCAUGGAAUUUUUCUUCAAAAAUCAAAGUU